ACACAAAACACAUUCAUCGCAUCUGGACGGCCUUUUUUUAAGAAUGCUUAGUCCAAUAUCUUUCAUCAGGCCUUCUUAUUAUAUAAAUUCACUUCGAUUAACAUCUUCUUCGCUUUACAAACCCUCCUCCUACUCUCACAUUCCCAUUUUCAGAGCUUCUUCAAUUUCAACUUCCUCUUCAGCAUCAACUGUUGUUAUGGAUCAAGAUGGAGCUACACGUCAGCACCCCUUACAGGUUGCAAAGCGUUUGGAGAAGUUUAAGACUACCAUCUUCACACAAAUGAGUUCACUUGCCAUAGAACAUGGAGCAAUAAACCUCGGUCAAGGAUUCCCUAAUUUUGAUGGUCCCGAUUUUGUCAAAGAGGCCGCCAUUCAAGCCAUCAAAGAUGGGAAAAAUCAAUACGCUCGUGGGUAUGGAGUUCCCGAUCUCAACGCAGCCAUUGCAGCCCGUUUCCGUAAAGAUACUGGGCUUACAGUUGACCCUGAAAAGGAAGUAACCGUCACUUCUGGAUGCACAGAAGCCAUUGCCGCCACUAUUUUAGGCUUAAUUAAUCCUGGAGAUGAAGUAAUUGUUUUUGCUCCUUUCUAUGAUUCUUAUGAAGCCACAUUAUCCAUGGCUGGUGCCAAAGUUACAUCCCUUACCCUUCGCCCCCCUGAUUUUGCUGUUCCCAUUGAAGAACUCAAAUCCAAAAUCUCCAAAAAUACACGUGCGAUUCUCAUGAAUACUCCACAUAACCCAACUGGUAAGAUGUUCACCCGUGAAGAGCUUAAUCAGAUAGCAUCUUUAUGCAUCAAGAACGACGUUUUAGUCUUUAGUGAUGAAGUUUAUGACAAAUUAGCUUUUGAAAUGGAUCACAUUUCUAUUGCUUCUCUCCCCGGAAUGUAUGAAAGAACCAUCACUUUGAACUCAUUGGGAAAGACAUUUUCUCUCACUGGUUGGAAAAUCGGGUGGGCUAUAGCCCCGAAGCACUUGAUUUGGGGGGUUAAACAAGCACACUCAUAUCUUACUUUUGCUACCUCGACCCCAAUGCAGUAUGCAGCUGUGGCAGCUUUACGUGCCCCGGAUUCUUACUAUGAGGAGUUGAGGAGAGAUUACCAGGCUAAAAAAGACAUUUUGGUGGAGGGUUUGAAGGAAGCUGGGUUUACAGUUUACCCCUCAAGUGGGACCUACUUUGUGGUGGUGGAUCAUACACCUUUUGGGCUUCCGGAUGAUGUUUCGUUUUGUGAGUAUUUGAUUAAAGAAGUUGGUGUUGUGGCGAUUCCAACCAGUGUAUUCUAUUUGGAUCCGAAAGAAGGUAAGAAUCUUGUUAGGUUUACGUUUUGUAAGGAUGAAGAAACUCUUAGGAGUGCGGUUGGAAGGAUGAAGGAGCGGUUAGUACGCAAGUGAUGCGAUUACUAUUAUGCUAUAAUUUAUGUAUUUUAGGCAUUGAUAAGGCAGGAUACGUGUGAUAUCUUCCUGUAUGUUUUUAUGUUACUCAUUUACUGAGUUUCUGUGUGGAUACAUUCGGUAUUUAUGCAAUAAAACAUGAAGAUAUCAUAUGGGCA